AAUAAAUAGGGCAGAAGCGGAAGUCCCGCCCCUUUUCCUUCUUCUCUUGUAGGCUGUGUUCCGCCGGGAGAAUGCCUCGCAAAAUUGAAGAGAUUAAAGAUUUCCUGCUGACGGCCAGGAGGAAGGAUGCAAAAUCUGUUAAGAUCAAGAAGAACAAGGACAAUGUGAAGUUUAAGGUGCGCUGCAGCAGAUACCUGUACACACUCGUCAUCACCGACAAGGAGAAGGCCGAGAAGCUCAAACAGUCUCUGCCCCCUGGUCUGGCGGUGAAGGAGUUGAAGUAGACGCUUCACUUGUACAAAAAUGUUGUAAUAAAAAUUUGUAAAAUCUA